CUCUUCCUCAGACGAUAGCAGUAGGGCUUCUCUCUCUCGCCCUCCGCUCAGUAAGGCGCACGUUUAUAACUAACCUGCGCUCUUUUUUAUCCUACGCCAUUUCGUCUUACGCUUUUGCCCUAAACCAUCCACCACCAUUUCGUGUAUGAUCCCCAAUUGAUCGAUUAUCCAUCGACAACACUCGCGAGAGAUCUAUUCAGGGGAGACAGAGUGAGUUUGAGAGAGAGUUACUCAGAGUUAGGGUUUUGAUGCGUUGGUGUGGUUUGGGAGAUCCUGUGCUCGGAUAUGGCCAAUCAUGGCUCCAAGUUUGUAUCCGUCAAUUUCAACAAGUCCUACGGGAACCAUCAUUUUAAUGGGGGGACUGCUGGACGGGGGCGGGCUGGGGGUGGAGGGAUGUUGGUUCUAUCUAGGAACCGAGGAGCUGCCCCCAAGGUUGCUCCUAAAUUAUCUGUUCCACCACCUUUGAAUUUGCCAUCAUUGAGGAAAGAACAUGAGAAAUUUGAUACCUCAGGACCCGGUGGGACGGGCGCUACUGCUGGCACUGGGACUGGAUCCAGACCUUCGUCCGGGGUUGGCUGGAACAAACCUGUGGCAUCUGCCACUGCAUUGCCCGAGAAGGUUGAUAAUGGGGUUAAUGGGGUGAGUGAUGCAGCUGGGGCAAGUAGAGUUGGUUCUUAUAUGCCACCGUCUGCUCGUUCUACGGGGGUUGUUGCUUCUGUAUCUCGAGAAUUCUUACCGUCUGCAGAGAAAGCUAUACUUUUGAAAGGUGAGGAUUUCCCAUCUCUGCAGGCUGCAAGGCCUGUCUCAUCCGGGGCAUCACAGAAACACAAGGAUGGGUUAAACCAGAAGCAGAAGCAAGUCUCACAUGAUGAAUCUACUCAGGAUAAAGAAAAAAGCUAUCAUUUGGGUUCAAUGGCUGAUAUGCAUCCACCAGGACACUCCUUGGGAAUAAAUCCAUCGGUGGAAAAUGGUAGUGCAGUCCACAUAAAGGCUGGUGGAAGGAUGCCCGAUCAAAUUAGGAAGCAGGAACCUUUUUUGCCUGAUCCACUGCCACUGGUUCGCAUGAAUCCAAGGUCUGAUUGGGCCGAUGAUGAGCGUGACACGGGGCAUGGGUUUGUGGAGCAGGGACGAGAUAUUGGAUAUUCAAACAGCGGAAAUUAUUGGGAUAGAGAUUUUGACUUGCCAAGGCCCAGCAUUUUACCUCACAAGCCAGCUACAAAUCAGAACGAUAGAUGGGGCCAACGAGACAAUGAAACUGGGAAAAUUAUUUCUAGUGAAGUCUUUAAAAUGGACCCAUAUAACAAAGAUAUGAGAACACCUAGUCGGGAAGGUAAGGAAGUCAACAGAUGGAGAACAUCUCUUCCUAAAGAUGGGGUUAGCGAAAUUGGAAAUCAUACAGUUGAUAUUGGUGCAAGAAUGACCGAUAAUAAUAUGGCACCUUAUUAUGGAGGAGACACUGCACCUUAUUAUGGAGGAGACACUGUUCAAGAUGGCAGCAAGGAUUCUGCAUUUGGGAGGAGGGCCAUGGGACUUGUAGGACAGCAGAUGCAACGAAAUAGUUCAAGUGAUUCGUAUAAUAACAGAGGGGCAGAUCGUAAUUCUCGGGAUCGCCAUGUCUUUGACCAACCUAAUAGGUAUAAAGCUGAUAUAUUUCAGAAUAAUGCAUUGUCCAGACCCUUUAUUGCAUCUAUUGGGAGAAGGCCUCCUAUAGCUGACCCCAUACAGGAAAAGCGGUUUUCAAAUAGUGAUAGACCCCACUCAGAUGAUAUAUUCGCGAGAGACUACAUUUCUUCAGGAUUUGAUGAAAGAGAUCUCUUCUCAGAUGGUCUUGUUGGGGUAGUUAAGAGGAAAAAAGAUGCCGCCAAAUCUACUCAUUUUCAUGAUCCUAUUCGAGAAUCGUUUGAGGCAGAACUUGAAAGAGUCCAGAAAAUGCAAGAGCUUGAGAGACAGAGGAUCGUUGAAGAGCAAGAAAGAGCCUUGGAGCAAACUCGAAGGGAAGAGGAGGAGAGACUGAGAAGAAUUAGGGAAGAGGAGGAAAGGCUGCGAAAGCUGGAUGAAGAAUCCCGUGUAGCUGCAUGGAGGGCAGAACAGGAGCAACUUGAGGCUGUUCAAAAAGCUGAAGAGCUGAGAAUUGCCAGGGAAGAAGAGAAGAAAAGAAUUCAGUUAGAAGAAGAGAGGAGGAAACAGUCUGCGAGACAGAUGCUUCAAGAAUUGGAAGAUAAGAUGGCCAAAAGGCAGGCUGAAACUGUAAAGGUUGAUGCUUCUGGACCUAAAACAACCGUUGAUGAGAAACUAAAUGCAGCUGUAAAAGAAGAUCUUGUAUCUAGGAAUGAAGACUUGGAAACCUGGGAAGACGGUGAGAGAAUGGUGGAAAAUGUUAUGAAUUCAGGUUCAUUUAAUUCAUCAGCUAAUGUCAAACCUGCUGAGAUCAGCUAUCCUCCCAGAGAAAGUUCUUCAAACUUAAUUAACCGAGGAAAACCUAUUAAUUCAUGGAAAAGGGAUUCUCUGGAAUAUGAUGGCAGCUUCCCUUCACCUCAAUCAGAUCAAGAAACUGGUCAUUACAGUCCUUGGCAGGAUGCAGUUGUUGGUGGCAGAACAGGUUCACGAAGAGAGUUCCAUGGUGGACCUGGCUUCAUGCCUUCUAGGUCUUACGGAGUGCAAGACUCUUACUCAGAUGAUUUUGGAUAUCAAAAAGAACAAAGAUGGAAUCUUUCUGGCAAUGCUGACUCUUAUGGAAAACUCAGGGAGAUGGAUUUCGAUUUUCAGGAUAUUGGAGAUGGAUAUGGAGACGGUGGAUGGGGGCAGGGACGCACUAGAAGUGGUGCUCAUCCUCCUUACCCAGAGCGUUUAUAUCCUCAUUCUGAUGCAACUGAAUUUAACUCGUACGGGAGAUCUAGGUACUCUGUCAGACAGCCUCGUGUCCCUCCCCCUCCUUCACUUUCUUCAAUUCAGAAGACUAAUCUUAGAGGAGUCAGUGAACACUCUGGUUCUUCAGCGUUUGUAGAUGACAGCAUUCAUUAUACUCAUGCUUCAGGAACUGAAUCUGGCAAGGAGUCAGAUUAUUAUGGCACUAAUCAAGGAGGUCCUCGGCCAUCUGAGAUUUUUGGAAGACCGUUAGAAAGUAAUUCCUCUGAACGUCAGAAAUUGAACAUUGGACCGAGGUGUGACUCACAAUCUUCACUCUCUGUUUCCAGCCCCCCAACUUCUCCACCUCAUCUAUCCCAGGAUGAGUUGGAUGCAUCUGGAGAUUCUCUUGUAACAUCUGCUGUAGCAGAAGGGGACAACAAUUUAGUUACAGGGACAGAAUCUGAUACUCACAAUGGUGACUCUGGACAUAAUGCAAUGGUGAUUGUGCAAGAUUCUGUUUCAACUAUUGAGGAUGAAGAAUGGACUCCUGAAAAUGAAGAUGUGAUGCAGCAGCAAGAGGAAUAUGAUGAGGAUGAAGAUAGUUUUAGAGAAGAGGAGGAAGUGCUUGAUAGGAAUGUUGAGAAUCUUGAGCUGAACCAGAAGUUUGAGGUACGGGAACUUGAGCAAAGAGACUCACCUCAUGUGAUGGACAAUGUAGUCUUAGGUUUUGAUGAGGGUGUUGAAGUUGAAAUACCAAGUGAUGAUGUUGAGAAAAGUAUAGGGCAUCAAGAAAAAUCAUUGGGGAUGAAUGAUGGUCCUGUGAGCAUGGUUGAAGAAAGAGUCAUCAUUGAUAGGUUUCCAUCUGAUGAACAAAAUCUUCUGACUGCAGAAGAUUGUCACGGGACAAGUGCUGAUAGCUCGUCUUGGAAGGUACUGGAUACAUCAGCUUUGCCAGGUUCUGUUGGUCAACUUGUUGGUGCAACCUGCACAGCAGCAUCAGCCGAUAUCUUAGAUGGUGCUGAUUCCUCAGGUAGCAUCUGUCUAGCUCCCCAGCCAACUGUACUUUCCUCGACAGUUGAUGUUUCAGCUGUGACAAGUCAGCCUAUCGUGUCAUCUGUAUCUUCUACUGGAAUUCAGGGUGAUUUACCAAUCAAGCUCCAGUUUGGGCUGUUUUCUGGUCCUUCUUUGAUUCCUUCUCCAGUGCCUGCUAUACAGAUUGGAUCCAUACAGAUGCCCCUUCAUAUCCAUCCUUCUGUUGGUCCAUCCAUUACUCAUAUGCAUCCAUCACAGCCUCCAAUAUUCCAAUUUGGUCAGCUGCGAUAUACUUCUCCUAUCUCGCAGGGAAUUUUGCCAAUAUCCCCUCAAUCAAUGUCUUUUGUUCCGCCUAACAUGCUGGGCCAUUUUAAUCUAAAUCAGGAUGUUUUAAGCUCUGGAAAUCACAAGGAUGCUCAAGAUGCUUCCACGCAGAACAUAAGCAAGGACGAGACACCAUCUGUUUUAGUGAAUGGUCAGCCAAGAUCUGUUUCUGCGUCAUCUGUGCAAUCUAAUGGUGGGCUUCUGUUGAGUGUAGAUACAGUUUCAAAUGCAGGCAAUCAUAAUGAGAAUUCUGCUGUCCAUACAUCUACUUCUGGAGCCUCUGGGCCCUGUGAUGGAAAAUUUAUGUCAAACUCAAGCUCACAUGCUGAAGAGAAAGGGCAGCUUCGUGCUACUUCAAGGAACUAUCCACCACCAUCGAAGGCAAGGGGAUCUGACAGACAGUCCCAUCAUGCACAUCCAAUGUCGCAGUCUGCUAAUGUUGACAGGAAUUAUGGCGUAAGAGGGGCAGGUGCAUUGUCUGGUGGCAGGGGGAGAAGAUUUGCUUAUGCAGUUAAAAGUUCUAACACAAGAUCAUUGGUCCAGGAUCAUGAUAUGCUUGCAGAUUCAAAUGGGUUUCACAGGAGACCUCGAAGAUCCGUCCAACGAACUGAAUUCCGGAUUCGUGAAAACAAUGACAGAAGACCAGCACCUGCAGUGGCUUCUUCUAGUGCUUUCACUAGAAGUGGGGCCAAGAGGGGUAGCAUGUCUAAUAGAAGUAUGAAGCACACUGAGUCCUUGGCAUCUGGAAGGACGAUAUCUUCGGAGGUUGAUUCUGGAGAUAGGGAAGCAAAAGUAGUGGCGAAAGAUUAUUCGAGUAGGAGCCAGAAUAUCUCGAACCCUGGUGAAGCAAAUCUGAGGAGAAAUGCUUCUGAGGAGGAUGUAGAUGCUCCAUUACAAAGUGGUGUUGUACGUGUUUUUAAACAACCUGGCAUUGAAGCCCCUAGUGAUGAGGACGAUUUCAUUGAAGUCAGAUCCAAAAGGCAAAUGCUAAAUGAUCGGCGUGAACAAAGGGGAAAGGAGAUAAAAGCAAAAUCAUGGACCACCAAGCCACCACGUAAACCACGCCACUCCAGACAAAAGGAUGUAGUCUCAAGAAGCAAUAAUAAAUUCCCAGUACCAUUGGGCGGUGAAGGAACAGUUGAUCCUCAAUUGGCCUUUUCUGAGAGCUCUCACUUUGGAACUGGAGGAUCAACCGCAUUUUCUUCUACAGCUUCUCAGUCUCCAAUUGGCACUCCUCCUGUUAAUUCUGAAGCUCGUACUAUCAAGCCUUCACAAUCCGAUUCUGUAUCUGUCGUCUCUAACAGUGGAAAAGAAUGUGAACCUGGCCUUUUUGACAGCAAAAAUAUGGUUAUGUCUCUAAGCCAGACACAAAUUGACGAGGCUAUGAAACCUGCUCGGUUUGAUUCACACAUUUCUGCUGUUGGAGGUCAUUCAAACCCAAUUAGUGGCCAAGUUUUGCCACCAUCAUCUAUUUUGACAAAGGACAAAACAUUUUCUUCUGGUGCAAGUCCAAUCAAUUCAUUGCUUGCUGGAGAGAAAAUUCAAUUUGGUGCUGUUACAUCUCCAACAAUUAUUCCUCCUAGUAUCCGUGUUGUAUCACAAGGGAUUGGUGCUCCAGGUUCCAAUCGAUCUGAUGUGCAAGUAUCCCGCAACUUUCAUGUAGCAGAGAAAGAAAACAUACUUUUCUUUGAAAAGGAGAAGAACCCGAGUGACUCUUGCAUUCCACUACGAGAUUCUGAGGCUGAAGCAGAAGCAGCUGCUUCUGCUGCUGCUGCUGCUGCUAUCAGCAGUGAUGAGAUAGUUGGGACUGGCUUAAGUUCCGUCAAUGACACAAAGAAUUUUGGUUGUGCUUCUGUUGACAGCUUUACGACAGGUGUGCUUGGAGAUCAGCAGAUGACAAGUCAAUCACUGGGUGAGGAGUUGCUAAGUGUUUCUCUUCCGGCAGAUCUGUCAAUUGAGACAACACCAAUCUCUUUAUGGCCACCAUUGCCAAGUCCUCAAAGUUCUACUGGCCAGAUGCUUUCUCAUUUCCCUGUAGGUCCUUCCCACUUCCCCUUUUAUGAGGUGAACCCUCUGUUGGGGGGUCCAAUUUUUGCAUUCAAUCCACAUGAUGAAUCUUCUGGUACACAAUCACAACCUCCAAAGACUACAACAUCCAGUUCUGCUCCUCUUGGUAACUGGCAGCAAUGCCAUUCUGGUGUGGACUCGUUCUAUGGUACUCCGGCUGGAUAUUCUGGUCCGUUCAUUGGUCCUCCUGGAGGCAUACCUGGGGUUCAGGGGCCUCCACAUAUGGUUGUCUAUAAUCAUUUUGCUCCUGUUGGACAAUAUGGGCAUGUAGGUUUGAGUUUUAUGGGUACCACCUAUAUCCCAUCUGGGAAGCAAGCUGAUUGGAAAAAUAAUGGUUCGUCUACUGCAAUGCAUAUUGGUGAGGGAGACAUUAAUAGUGUGAAUGUGACUGCUGUGCAGCGAAGUGCUCCCAUUACAGCUCCCAUUCAGCAUCUUGCCCCAGGAUCUCCACUCUUGCCUAUGCCCCCACCAUUGCCCUUGUUUGAUGCAUCACCAUUUCCGACUCCCCCUGAUUUGCCUGUCCAUGCUCGAUGGGGGCACAUUCCUGCUUCUCCACUACACCCAGUCUCUGUUUCUCGACCAUUGCAGCCACAAAUGGAAGGUGCAUUGCCUCCUCAAGCCAGCCACAGACACUCAAUUGACCAAUCAUUAACUGCCAAUCGGUUCACGGAGUCUUGCACUCCUACAUUAUCAGGUGACACUGGCCCAACUUUCUCUACUGCUGCAGAUACAAAUGGUGUCCCAUUUCAUGCUGAAUUGGGAUUGGUAGAUUCAGUGAGAUCCAACACGGCUUCAUCAGGGCAGACUCCAGUUCUGAGCAUGUCUGCAAGUGCAAAUGCUGAAUCUGAGAAGAUCGAUACAAUUGAGAGUGAGAAACGAUACAAUAAUGCAAGAUCUGUGAAGAGUCAAUUCUCAAAUAAGAGUUUGCCCACCCAACAAGGUAAUACCACUGGUCGUUAUUAUCAAAGAGGCCACACAUCACAAAGGAACAAUACAGGAAAUGAAUUGCCUCACCGUAGGAUGGGUUUCCAUGGAAGGGGCGGUGUGGAUAGAAAUUUGCCUGCUGUAAGGAUGAAACAGAUCUACGUGGCUAAACAGACCACAACUGGAAAUCCGUAUACAUGAGCCAGCCAGGCGAUUGCGAUUUAUGGAUGUUAGAAGUGCAUUUUCUAUGACUGACACCCGAUUUUGGGGGUACACGAACCCUGCAGUUUUGGAGCUAUAUAGUAAACAUUUUUUUGAUCACUUGGAGCCUAUCUGUUGUGUCGUUGUUUGGCAGAGAUCCAUUCUAAAUCGAGCAGUGAAGUUCCUUUCCUCCAUCGUGCUUCUAGUAAAGAAAUCAUGUUUGUGUCCCUGCCAUUCGACACGUUUAAGUCUCAUUUUUAACUUCUUAAAUGAUGUAUUGGCUUAUUCUCUUUAGUUAGUAGUAUAUGUUUAAAGUGGUAUGAUAAUCGUCAGGUAUGAUGCUGUGGUUUUAGUAAGAAAUAUUAUCACAUGUUAGUAUAUUAUUUAUAAUCAAAAUUUACUAAUCGCAUUUA